ACAUAAGUAGAAAUGGAUUUCUAUAUCUACCUGUGUAGGACUGAUAAAAUUGGUUCAAGUGAAAAAUUGAGAUAAAAUAUAUUGACGAAAUUGUUAGCACUCACUGGGAUAUUAAAAUACCAUAAAAAGAUCAAUAACGAAAGCCUAGUUUGACAGAUCGAGGCAUUGAUAAUCGGUUUUACUCAAGUUAAAUCCUAAAAUCAAAUACAUUUUGACAACGUUUCAACUGAAAACAUGAGGCUUGUGUAAAAUCUUGAUAGAAAUGUUACUAAUUGUAAAUAUUUGAAAACAACUUUACCAAAGUGUGGAAAACAUGAUUAAGAAGGCUAGAUUUAAGAGAACUUUAGUUGAAAACAAUGAAAAGAGUAGCAAUUUUAAGAGUCCAACAAGAAGUCAGUCAGGUAGUAAGCCUGGAUCUCCUAAGGCAAGAUCACCACGUAAGCAAUCUCCUUCUCCAACAAGAAAGGGAUCUGCUAAAGGAUCUCCUACAAGACCCCGAUCUGCUAAAGGAUCUCCUACAAGACCCCGAUCUGGUAAAUCACCAAAAAGACCAGAAUCGGGAAAAUCACCAAAAAGACCAGAAUCGGGAAAAUCACUAAAAAGACCAGAAUCAGGAAAAUCAGACACAAAAAGUAACAAGUCUGCUAGUCCAAAGACUAUAAAGACCUCUACACCAAAGGAUAAAAAGUCUGAAUUGGAGGGGAAAGGUACAAAAGAAGCUGCUAUCAAGAAGAAAAAGACUGUAGAAAUAAAGGAACCUAAUGAGACUGAGGAUGGCUUGAAAAUUAAAAACUUGUCGAAUCAAGGAUUGACAAGAGUACCUGGAUUUAUUCUAACAGAGAAAAACCUUGGUAUUGUAAACCUAUCAGCUAAUAACCUAAGUUCACUACCUGCAGACAUAAAACGGUGGACAACAGUAAGGAAAUUAGAUAUAGGCAAAAAUGGUUUAAAAUAUGGCCUGCCAAAAGAAAUGGAACAAAUGGUCAAUCUACAAGAACUGAUACUAGCUGAAUGUAAUAUGCCUAGAAUACCACCUGUAGUCUGGCAAGUUACAAGCCUACUGGUACUUGAUAUAAGUCGAAACAAAAUUGAUUUUCUGCCACCAGAAGUAGGCCAACUUAUAAACUUACAGAAACUGAACUUGAAACAUACAAAUAUUACUGGACUACCGCCAGAAAUAGCACUGUGUCAGGAACUAGAAGAAGUUCUAUUGUGGGGUAAUACCAUCGAAACGCUUCCAGAAACUCUUCCUGUUCUUCACAAGUUAAAAACCCUUGCUUUAAAUUACAGAAGUUUCUGUCGCAAAGUUGGAGAUGUUUUGGAGGAAUUUCUUCAUAAAGGCCAGGUUCCAUCUGAUUCUAUUCCAGAAUUUGUUUUUGAACUUCCUGCACUAGAAGUGCUAGAUUUAGAAGCAACCAAAAUAAACAAUAUACCAAAGACUGAAAACUAUGGUUUACGUGAGAUGAAUCUUAGUUGUAAUUUUUUAAGUGUACUUCCAAAAAAUACCUACAACUUAACGAGACUUACAGUUUUGGAUUUAUCAAAGAACCAAUUCAGCACUUUACCAGAUGAACUUGGAAAUGUUAGAAGUUUAGUCAGUCUUAAACUUAGUCACAACUCCCUAGUUGCCAUACCAACAACAAUAUCUAACUUGCAAAGUUUACGUGAAUUUUUCAUAGCAGACAACAAACUAAAACAUCUACCAAUCACAAUCAAAGGUCUAAAAAAUCUAAUAACUUUAGAUGUUGAAAAAAAUGAAAUCAAGAAACUGCCUGAUGAAAUAUGUGACUUAAGAAAAUUAUCUACAUUAAACAUUGCAAAGAAUCAGAUUCAUUCACUCCCAAUGCAUCUACAUAACCUUGAAAAUUUGACUGUGGCACACAGUUACGAUAAACUGCAGAAAUUUGGAUUGUGGUUGAAUGGGAACCCACUCAAAUAUCCACCUAAAGAAAUCUGGAGAACGUCUGAACCAACUAAAAUCUUUGACUACUUAAAGAAACUGGCUAUAAUGAAAACGGAGCAUCUACAACGACAAAAAUUAGCUAUCAUUGGAGAAUCGCAAUGUGGGAAAACGAGCUUUGUUAAUGGCUUAGUACAUAGCAAGUCAAUGCUGACCAAUGGUGAAUCGGACAAAACAAAACUUGUAGAACAAACUAUUUGGAAAUCGGAAAAUAUGGUUGACUUCAUCAUUUAUGAUUUCAGUGGAGAUCCAACAUACAAUGCCCCAUCUGCCCUAUUUUUGGAUCAGAAAGCUUUGUUUUUACUGGCAUAUGACCACAGUAGCUAUAGUAUUGAAAAACAUCAGGAAAUGAUUGGCAAAUGGCUUGACUACCUCAGUUUACAUGUUCCAGGGGCAGUAAUCAAACUUGUUGGUUUGAAAAGUGACCUCUGCAGAUAUCCAGGUCAAAAAGAGGCUGAAGAAGAAAAUGAAGAGACAGAAAAUGAGGAAGAAGAUGAAGAAGAGAACCAACAGAAGAAACAUGAAGUAAUUGAACAAACGAAGCAAAUUUUACUGGAUCAGGUGACAAAUCAUCAAACAAGAGCAAAAGACAAACUGCUGCUAGAGCUCCAACUGCUUGGACAGAAAAUAAAUGAAGCAAGAGGAGCUAAGGACUAUGCUAGUGAUUACUUGUCACAUCUGGAAGACAAGCGCCACCUUGUGGAAAAGUUACUGACCAAUCCAGUUAAUGUCAUUCAAGAUGUUUCAACUGUCAGCAGUAUGGAUUGGUUAGUUGGAUUCAAAUCACUUGUAAAUAGCCUUGAACUCUUAGUUCUCAAUUCAACAUAUUUCCCAAAUGCAAAAAGAUAUGUAUCAGAUUCCUGGACCAAAGUCAGCAAAAGGAUCAAACAACAAACUAAACAUAUCUACCUUACGAGGGAAGAGGUCAUCAAAAUCUGCCAAAAGUGUGAUGUCAUGGGAACAGCUGUGGAUGAAUGCAUGAAACAUUUGCAUGACAUUGGGGAAAUUCUGUGGCUUAAAGAAAAUCCAAAGCUGAAAAACAUAAUUUUUCAUCUGCCAAGAGCUUUUAAUGAUAUCAUAACAUCUCUUUUCCGACAUGAUUAUGAGGAAUUUUUCCAGCUUGGAGAAGAUUCCAAAAUUGGGAACCUGUUUGUGUGUAAAGGAAAUUUCUCUUUAGAAAAAUACAAAGAAGUGGUUAGUUUAUUUCAAAGUCAAGGUCAAAUUCCACGACCAUUGCUAAACUGCCUUUGGUUCUACCAUAAUUUCUCAUCAGAUGAAUAUGAUGACCUUUUGACCUUGCUACCCUUGUUCGAGAUGUGCUACUCAUUGGUUGAACCAGAAGUUCCAGAUGGCUGUUACUAUAUUCGUCCGUUGAUGGUGCUCCCAUGGUACAAUAAGGGUGAAAUUGGCACUGAUCUUGUAGAUAUGCAAUCGACCUUGACAUCAACAAAUAAUGAAACUUUGGCAUUCGAAUAUGAAUUUCCACUCACAAUUCCUGAUGGAACUUUUGAAAAGCUUGUAUGUGUUCUACAAGACAUUGUCAAAUCUAGGACAGACUGGAAAGAUGCUGUAUAUGCAGAUUUAGAAAAAGGUCAAAUUUUGAUAACUCGUUAUCAUGACAACAGAUCCGAGAGUGAACAUGUGACUAUCCUCUUAGGAGGUACAGAUAAGGAAAGUGUUGAAAAAUCUGUUAGACAAUUAUCUGAAAUAGUUACUGAAGUACUCAGUAAAGUAAAGGGACUUGUAUGGAGAAUUAAUGCUCCUGUGUCACUCUGGCAAAAUCAUCAUGUUUAUAGUGGACAAAAAGAAUGAAGUGACAGAUAAUUUGGGGGACAAAAAGAAUGAAAUGUAUCAUAAACUGUUAACUGAAGACAUAUAUCAUAGCAACAAAUCUGUUCAGAAUCAGUUUUCAGUGAAAAUUAUGAGUUAUCUGAUAACAUAUAAAAUUCACCAUUUUUAAAAA